AACAAAAGCUGUACUAAACACCACCUAUGCUCAACAUUUAUAAAGCCAAGUCUUCCUUGAUGAGUGAAAAGUUAUGGAGUCCAGCUGUGUAAACAUCAAUGAAGACUGACUAGUCUAACUCACUUUACUUGUUUGUAGGCUUUGCAUUGCACCUACAUUUGCCUAUAAAGCAUUUGGCCUCUCUCCUGUUAAUAGUCAGCAAGCAUUACAACCCUUUGUUUUUGAAUCUAGGAGCAAACAUGGUCUCUAACAAUCAACUCUUUCACCUCUUUUUGUUUCUUUGUUUUUUCCAGAUUACUUGUUUGCAUGCCCAACUCUGCACUCAACAACAGACCUCUGCAUUGCUCCAAUUUAAGCAACAAUUUUCCUUCGAUAAAUCUGCUUCCUACUUUAACUGUGAUUAUUUCGGAAUCCAUUCUUACCCGAAGAUGGAGUCGUGGAAGGAGGGUUCUGAUUGUUGCUCAUGGGAUGGGGUCGAGUGUGACAACAACACAAGUCAAGUAAUUGGCCUCGACCUCACUUGCAGCUGGCUCAACGGCACCAUCCACCCCAAUACCACCAUCUUCUACUACUUUCCUCCCUCCGAAGCCUCAACCUUGCUUUCAAUGACUUUGGUAUGUCUCCAAUCUCAUCUGAAUUUAGUCGAUUCACCAGAUUGACACACCUCAACCUCUCUCACUCUAGUUUUUCUGGCAAAGUCCCUAUAGAAGUCUCCUUUCUGAGCAAAUUGGUCUCGCUUGAUCUGUCUUCCAAUUAUGGUUUGAGGUUGGAAGAACCUGGAUUUGAAUUACUUGUUCAAAACUUAACCAAGGUAAGAGAACUUAAUCUUGAUAGUGUAAACAUAUCUUCAGUGGUUUUGAAUUCCUUGCUCAAUCUCACAUCUUUAACACAUCUCGAUCUUAGUUCGUGUGGGUUGCUUGGAAAAUUUCCUGACGGAAUAUUCCAUUUACCACAUCUGAAUAACCUGCGUAUAUUCGGUAAUCUUGCUCUCACUGGCUAUUUUCCCGAGUUUAUAAACUCGAGCAGUCCUCUCCAGUACUUGGAGCUUGCAUACACUAAUUUCUCUGGAGAACUACCUCACUCAAUUGGGAAUUUGAAGUCCUUGAAAAUUUUGGCUGCCUUUGAUAAUAAAUUUUAUGGAUCCAUCCCUACGUCGCUCGGAAACCUUACGGAAAUGACUGAUUUUGACAUCAGAGAAAACAAUUUCACUGGCAUGCUCCCAUCUUCACUUUCAAACCUUGGAAAUCUCAUCUACUUGGGAGUUGAGGGUAAUAAUUUUGAAGGUAAAAUCGCAGAUUUUUUACCCAAUGCAAACCUAACAAAACUUUUUGCGUUAGAUUUGUCGGAUAAUCUGCUAAGAGGACCUCUUCCAUCACAAAUAAUUGGACUUCCAAAUCUAGCGGCAUUACUUUUAGGUAAUAACUUAAUCAGUGGUACAAUUCCAUCUUGGGUCUUCAGCUUACCAGCAUUGGAUUUCUUCAACCUCAGUAAUAACAAAUUGACUGGCCAAAUAAAAGAGUUCAAAUCCACUCAUUUAACUAUUGUUGAUUUGAGCAAUAACAACCUACAUGGUAGGUUUCCAAGUUCAACCUUAAAACUCGUGAACCUUACUAGUCUCAUUCUUUCAUCAAAUAACUUCAGUGGUGAGCUAGACAUGCUCUGUCAUGCAAUUUCCCUUCAAAUUCUUGUCCUAUCUAGUAACAACUUUAAUGGUUCUAUUCCACAAUGUUUAGGAAAUUUCAGCAUAGGUUUCUCUGUGCUUGAUCUGCGAAAGAAUAAUUUUUCUGGCACCAUUCCUGAUGCAUUUGUAAAGGGAAAUUCCUUCGAAACAAUCAACCUUGACGGAAAUGGAUUUGAGGGCCCAGUACCAAAGUCUUUAGUCAAUUGCAAAAUGCUAAAAGUGCUAGACCUUGGACAUAACAAGUUCUCCGAUAAAUUUCCAUAUUGGUUGGAAAAUUUAACUUCACUACAAGUUCUAAUUUUGAGAUUUAACAAAUUCCAUGGGCCUCUACCGAAUUCAGAGUGCAAAUUUCCCUUCCCCAACUUGCGAGUUAUGGAUUUAUCAAACAAUUAUUUUACUGGUCCAUUGCCAAGAAAAUAUUUCAAGAAUCUCAAUGCUAUGAUGAAUGUCAACGAAGCUAGUUUUGAAUUGAAUUACUUAGGGAUGCCUAGUAGUUCAGCAUAUUACUAUAAUGAUUGUUUGACUAUAGUAAUCAAAGGAUCAACCAUAGAAAUGGUAAAAGUCCUAACCAUUUUCACUGCAAUUGAUUUAUCGAAAAACAAUUUUGAAGGUGAGAUUCCAGAGAUCAUUGGAAGGCUAAAUUCAAUCCGAGGGCUCAACUUAUCCCACAACAACCUUAUAGGUCAUGUACCAGCAUCUCUUGCUAAUUUGACAACACUUGAAUGGUUAGAUCUCUCUUCCAACAAAUUCACUGGGGAGAUUCCUCAACAACUAAGGAAUUUGAUAUCCCUUGCAGUCUUGAACCUUUCGCAAAAUCAACUAGUAGGGCCGAUACCACAAGGCAACCAAUUUGAUACAUUUUUAAAUGAUUCCUACAUUGGCAACUUGGCAUUAUGUGGACCUCCAUUGCUUAAUACAUGCAAUCCAAGGACACCACAACCACCACCCUUGAUGUUUCAACAAGAAGACAAUCCUUCAAGUGGAUUCAAUUGGGAAGUCAUAUUACCGGGUUAUAUAUGUGGGCUUGUGUGGGGACUUGUUAUGGGAUAUCUUAUGUUCUCUAGAGGAAAACCUCAAUGGCUUGUGAGGAUCAUUGAAGGUGAACGAAACAAAAGCAGAAAGAGAUUUAAAAAGCAUGCUCACAAGAACAGAGGAAGGUGAAAUUAGCCAAUGCAAAUGGUGUCCUUUGUUGCGGUGCAUUUCAAUUUGAUCCAAGUGGCAUAGCUUUUUGGAGCCAGGGCGAAUUUUGGUCAAGCUGAUGCAUUACACAAUACUGGGAAGUUGCAGAUACAAUAUCAAAGAUUAGAAUGUAUAUAUAUGUUAGUGAGUGUGUGUCUACUUGAUGAGUGUGUUGUUAAAUUUGUAAAAUAUAAAUUUUAAUUUUGAUUUAAAAAUGAAUAUGUUGUGUGCUAUUAUUAAGUAGUAAAGAUAUUGUUUCCCAUAUUGAAGAUCUAGGAUUGGAACCUUUUGCGUGGUUUGUAUUUUCUCGUGUUUGGAAUAAUGGAAAACGAAAAUCAAUGAAAAAUAUUUUUUAUUAUCAACAAAAAAACAAGUCAAGUAAUUGGCCUCGACCUCACUCAAAGAAGCAUUUUGCAGGUAGAACAUUGAG